AUGGCGCUCUCUGGCAUCCUCUGGCAGCUUUCCCAGCUUCUUUUGAUGGGUUGCAACGGUCCCCACCUUCAUUUCUCAAAACAACAAAGGGUUCAUCUCUGGAAGGAGCCCUGGAGCAAGCUUGGAAGGUCGCAGUCCGUGGUCAGCGCGUCGUGCACACAGGUGUCUGGCCGUGCUCAGCAGACGGCAGAGAUUACCACACCACAACAGCAGGAGUCGGCAGCCUCGUUGUUUGCUAAUAAGAAGCGCAUCCGUGCUGCAGUAUCGCCGCCUUCUUCUAUGGACUCGUUCGGCGCACCUCCCAAUGAUGCUCUCCCACCGUCAGACAUCAGAGCGCUCGUGGCGAGCGCGGCCAGAGGCUUUCUCACCAACUCUAGGAGAGGCCAUCGCAUCUUCUGGAAGGUGGCGGGGACCCUGUGCCAGCGCGCUCGCGAGAAGCUCGGCGCUGCAGGCCUUCUCUGGUCGAAGGCUGCCUGGGAUGGGAGCCUGCAUGCCGCGAUGGCGGGGCUCAAGGAGCUCGCGGGCACUGCAGACGCGGGCCUGCAACAGGGCUUUGAAGCCGUCUUGACAUCGAUCAAGCAGGCCCACCUGGAGGGGUUGCGGCAACCAGCAUGCGCCUUCCGCGGAGCUCGCAAGACUGCUGCGAGCCCAGCGCACGCGAGCCCAGCUGCCACGAGCCAGGCCCGGCCCCCAGCUGGUGGUGCAUCCAGGAAAGCGAGGCGAGCGAGGGAGGAACUGGCCAGCUACUUCUUUGGGGACAAAGUUCCACACAGCUUCCUCUGCGGAGAAUGCAGCAACCCCGCGACCUUUGCGGUGCGCGGGAGCAAGGGAGGGAGCGACCUCAAGUACUCCUGCGGUGUGCAUCGCGAGGUCACGGGCUGCUUCAGGAUCGAGAAAACCCGGACAGAGUGGGCACGUGACUGUGAAGUGCACAAGUUGAAGGCAGAGCUGGCGCGAGCGCUUGACGAGGAGUCGCGGCUUAGGGGCAAUCGGGGUGAGGGUUUGUUUGGUGCAGAAGAACGUGCCCUUGACAGCUGA